AUGAAGAUUUCAUACACCUCAAACCGAUUUCUCAUCUUCAUCAUCUUUACUGCAUGCUUAUGUUUAUACGUUGCUAUUCAAAAGAAAAAACCUGACGAAAAUAAAGAUAUCUUAAAUAUAUCUUCAAGAUUGGAGAUCCCAACGAGUAAGUACACCUCCAUAUCGGAUCUUAAACUUGAUAAGCUUCCUAAUCAAGAUGAUGUUAUAGAAUUAUUUCAAGGAUGGAAGAAAGAAAAUGGACGAGUAUACAAUGAUCUAGAAGAGAUGUCAAAGAAAUUUGCCACUUUUGUUUCAAAUUUGAAGUAUAUCGUAGAGAGUAAUGCAAAGAGAGACUCGCCUAAUAGCGUUCGUCUUGGUCUGACCUACUUUGCUGAUUUGAGCAUCACGGAGUUCAGAGAAACACACAUGCCCUUAAACACUGACGCCAUGGAUAUUGUGAACGAUGAUGAUGUUCAGGACGUAACAUGUAGUGAUCCACCUUCAUCCUUGGACUGGAGGUUGAAAGGAGCUGUCACUCCUGUUAAGAAUCAACGCCUUUGUGGUGCAUGUUGGGCAUUCGGAACUGUAGGGGCCAUUGAAGGAAUAGUUGCAAUAAAGACAGGGAAGCUAAUCUCCCUUUCAGAGCAAGAGAUUCUAGAUUGUGAUGUAACUGGAAGUUGUGCUAGAGGAUUAGUGGGCAGAGCAUUCUAUUGGGUAGAAGAAAACAAUGGGAUUGCAACAAAUGAAUCUUAUCCUUAUACGGCUAGCAAGGGUGUUUGCAGAUCCUCCCAGAUUCAAAACAGUGAAAAUAGUAGUAUUUCUGCACAUAAGUCAGCCCCGAGAUCAGACAGGGGACUAUUGUGUGCAGUUGCUAAGCAGCCUAUUGUUGUUAUGAUUUAUUCCCGUUCACAAUCAUAUCAACUUUACACGCAUGGAGUAUUUCAAGGUGACGAUUGUCCGUUGGAUUCUGUGGAAGUAAGCCACACCAUGUUACUAGUGGGAUAUAAUUCUACAGACACCGAAGAUUAUUGGAUUGUGAAGAAUUCGGGAGGGCCAACAUGGGGAAUGCAGGGUUAUAUGUGGAUCAAAAGGAACACUAAUAAAAAGUAUGGAGUGUGUGCAAUCAAUGCAUGGGCUUCUUUUCCAAUCAAAAAUUAA